AUGAUUGAUAAUGGGAAUUUGGUGCUUCUUACACAAAGUGUGCCUUCCAAUUCAGAUUAUGAUAAUGAGUACUAUAACAGUGGAACUUUUGACACAACAAAUGCAACAAAUUCUGGGGAUAAGUUAGUUUUCGAAGAGAAUGGCAUGAUGUACGUAUUGAAGCGAAACAAUCAAAGGCAAAUUCUUACUCCCCUAUCCAUUCCUUCAGCUUCGCAAAAUUAUCAUUGCGUGACUCUUAACUUUGAUGGAGUUCUUAGUCAUUAUUAUCAUUCACGGAUUUCUAAUAGUAGUGGCUGGAAUAUUAUGUGGUCUCAAACGAACAAUAUAUGCAUCGAAAUUGAUGGAGAGAGAGGCCCCGGGGCUUGUGGUUACAACAAUGUAUGCAAUCUUGGUACAAAUCAAAGACCAAUUUGUAACUGUCCACAAGGAUAUUCACUAGUUGAUUUGAAUGAUGCUUAUGGCCACUGCAAACCAGAUUUUUCUAUAAGUUGUGAUGAAGUUGGGAAGGGUCCACACGAAGAUUCUUACAGUAUUAUCACGAUUCGUGAUACUGGUUGGCCUAAAUCAGGCUUUCAGAAAAUUAGCCCUUCAACUGAACAAGACUGGCAAAGUGCUUGUUUGCAUGAUUGUUUUUGUGCUGUUGCCACUUAUACAAGCAAUAGCUGCUGGAAAAACAACCUGCCCUUGUGGAAUGGAAGAAUAGACACCAGUCUGAAUUUAAAAGCUUUUAUGAAAAUAAGGAAAGGUGGUGUUCCUCCUCUAAGCCCUGGUCUUCCAAAUCCAGGAUCUUGUCAAAGCAAAAAUUGGCGAAAUUGGGCAAUUAUGGCGUCCACACUCUUAGGAAGCUCUGUGUUGGGAUUUGAUUUAAAUUGGAUGAAGAUAGAGAAGGUUUUUCAGUUUUUUUUUUGUAUAACCAAAAACAGUUACUGCAUUAUCAUAAGCAAAACAAAAAGUACUUAUGCCGGAGGAGGCAAAAUUGCAAUUUACAAAGGAGUAGAGUAUGCCGUUAUAAGCAAAGUACUGAACAAGUAUGCCGGAGAAGGCAAUACUUCUGUUUAG